AUGGAGCGAUCGGAGCCUAGGCUUCCAAAGUCUCGGACCAAGCAGUCUAAAUCCAAAUCUGCGCCAUUUACAAACUUUUACACGCCUGAAAACUCAGACUUCUACGCCAAGUUCAAGUAUCGACCUUUGGACAAGAAAUACGAAGAAAUUCGACUUCUCGAUGUUGAUCUCACUGGGGGCAACAAGCACCGCAUGAUCCAUUCGAUUUCUUUAGCAAAAGCCGGGAAAUAUUGCGCCAUCUCAUACUACUCGGGCAACCCCAAGGACACAGUGCCGGUCUGGAUCGAGGGCAUAAAGAUGAACAUAUUCUCCAAUCUCGCGAAAGGAAUCGAGAACGCUGCCAGCUUCUGGAAGAAAGGAUCACCGAACCAGCCCCUGCGACUCUGGGUCGACCAGAUUUGCAUCAAUCAGAGCGAUUUACCAGAAACGUCGCACCAAGUCAACUUUAUGCGCGAGAUCUACCGGAACGCUACACAUGUAUACGUGUCAAUGCCGGUGAAAAAGAACCUUCGUCCCGUUUUCGAAUGGCUGACGGGUCUUGCGGCGGCGAGGACGACGAAGGGGUACGAGCCAUCAUCAAACAUGCUUUACGAGAACCCGCCACCAGAGCCAAACCUCUCAGGAAGAUGGAGAGAUAGGGUAAAUCCAGAAUGGCCAGCAGAUUCCUGGGAAGCCAUUUACCGUGUGAUCAAUCAUUCUUGGUGGAGCCGCUCGUGGGUUUAUCAGGAAUUCAUUGUCGCCUCGGAUGUCUUCUUCCUAUUUUCUGACGAGGUAUCCAUGCCAUGGAACCAGCUCCAUCCUAUUCUGUCUCUUUUCAUGCAACUGGACACCGUCAACGCAUGCAAGGAGUCGCUGCAAAAACGGUAUCAGGCUGAUGACACCAUGCAUCGGUACAGAAUCUUUGCCAGCAUCAAGCCCAUGAAAGACCAUCUUCGCAACGUAUUGAGGGCAGCCUGUGAGUGCUGUCCUAUCUGCUUCUAUGAUGAUCGAUUCUCUGGUAAACCCUGGAAUGUGUUCCGCUGUUACAUCUCCUCAUGCGUUUGCACAACCCAUGUACUAAAAGCUGCGGCGUACGCUGUACCUUGGACCCUCGGCUGUUGCUUUUUUCGCUACCCUUGCUGUCCCGGGUACGAGGCAAGGACGACGCAAAAGUUGAGAAGUAGGACAAGUUUAGUAGGAAUGGAACACCAUGUCCAGCGAUUAAGGACAACGAACGCUAGUCGAGUACUCGUCAACAGGGUAAUCGAGGGUAGAGAGCUAUGGGAAAGGCAAAAACAUCAGAUCAACCUGUCUUAUCUUCUUCAGCACGCACGAAACACCGAGACCUCACAGCCAAAAGACAAAUUCUAUGCCUUUGUCGGACUGGCCAACCUCGAGAACGAAGUGCCAAUCCGGUACGAGCCAAGCUACAGCAUCCAGGCAGUGCUCAUCGACGUAGCUCGUGCGAUUGUGGUGCACGAGGACGCGGGCCUCGAUAUCUUGGCACAAGCAGGCACGGCGGCACACCGUCGAGACCUUCCCGAAGGCAAAGAUUCACUCCCGUCAUGGGUUCCAGACUGGGAUAAGCGGGAGGAUAUCGAGAGGCAAAAGUUCAUCGACGCCUUGGAGCUACCGUCCGCAUGCAGCGCAGGCACAAGUCAGAGCUCCAAAGCCACUCUCGACUUUUUGGAAGACAGACACGGGAAUGAGAGGAGAGUGCUCGUCGCUGCGGGAACCCAGGUUGAUAUUCUCGGAAGCGCCAUCGACAGAGUCCAUGACGGAUUCCUACCUUGGAAGCCCUUUUCAAGCUCGGACGGCCAAAGAGUGAUUACGACGACGAGUAUUGCGCACUUUGGGGAUGAGGUCUGGGUUCUUGACGGCAUGAGCUGGCCGGUCGUUUUACGAAGAAGUUCGGCUGACAAUUCCACUACGCUCCUUGCCAUCGCUAUGGUGCGUGAAAACGGCCAGCCUCAUCAGAUUAUGUUCGGAGACAAGAAUCUUUUAGGAGAGGCGGCUGAAGUGGUAAUAGUCUAA